AUGGAAAAGCCACAGUCAAAGCCCAAGCAAGAUCCGGGUAAGUUAACUCAAUCAGAAUCAUUGCGUCAAACACCCUAGUUAACUAUAUAUAUUAUAUAUAUAUUACUUGGCUGGAAACCUUCUUCCUCUUCCUCUUCCUCUUCCUCUUCCCUCUUCUUCUUCUACCAAAAACAUCCCCUCCUGUAUUCUAUAUAUCACAAUCCCAUCUCUAGCUCUAGUGCUUUUUUUUUCUCUUUUUUUUGUGUCAACCAACAAACACAGUUUUAUAUUUUAAUUUCCAUCCAUCAUCAAUAAUAACCAGCAACCAUGGCUAUCAAGGUCGGAAUCAACGGCUUCGGUCGCAUUGGCCGCAUUGUCUUGCGAAAUGCUAUUGAGCACGAUGACGUGGAGAUCGUUGCCGUGAACGAUCCUUUCAUUGAGACUCACUAUGCUGCCUACAUGCUCAAAUAUGAUUCCACACACGGCCAGUUCAAGGGCGACAUCGUCGUCGGCGACAACGGCCUGACCGUCAAUGGCAAGACCGUCCACUUCUACCAAGAGAGAGACCCCGCCAACAUCCCCUGGGGCAAGCACGGCGUCAAUUACGUUGUCGAGUCCACCGGUGUCUUCACCACCACCGAGAAGGCCAGCGCCCACUUGAAGGGUGGCGCCAAGAAGGUCAUCAUCUCCGCCCCCUCCGCCGACGCCCCCAUGUUCGUCAUGGGAGUCAACGAGCAUACGUACACCAAGGACAUCAACGUCCUCUCCAACGCCUCCUGCACCACCAACUGCCUCGCCCCGCUCGCAAAGGUCAUCAACGACAACUUCGGCCUGACCGAGGGCCUCAUGACCACCAUCCACGCAUACACUGCCACCCAGAAGACCGUCGACGGCCCUUCCUCCAAGGACUGGCGUGGUGGCCGCACUGCUGCUCAGAACAUCAUCCCCAGCAGCACCGGUGCCGCCAAGGCCGUCGGCAAGGUCAUUCCUUCCCUCAACGGCAAGCUCACCGGCAUGGCCAUGCGUGUGCCCACCGCCAACGUCUCCGUCGUCGACCUGACCUGCAAGACUGAGAAGCCCGUCACCUACGAGGAGAUCAAGCGGGCCGUCAAGGCUGCCUCUGAGGGCGAACUCAAGGGCAUCCUCGGCUACUCCGAAGACGCUCUCGUGUCCACCGACUUGAACGGAGACCCCCGCUCCUCCAUCUUCGACGCCUCCGCCGGCAUUGCCCUCAACAGCAACUUUGUCAAGCUCAUCUCCUGGUAUGACAACGAGUGGGGCUACUCCCGCCGUGUCCUCGACCUCAUCUCCUACAUCUCCAAGGUCGACGACGACAAUUAGCAAUCAGCAGCGAGCAGCAGGGAAAGAAGCGUCCUCUAAUCCACAAAUGAACUCUCCUCGUUCCUAGCCCUCUCCCCCUUUUUGAGCAAACCUUAGAGAAAGAAGGGAAAAAAAAAAGAAAAAUCAAAAAAGGACAAAAUUCUUUUUCUAUCUUCUUCUUUUUGUAGUAAUUUGUCUGUACUCUUCUUUGCCUCUACAUGUGCUGCCUGCCUGCAGGUUUCUGCCAUUCAAAAGGACUUUCACGGCGGUUUGCGGUUCCCCGCGCCCGGCUCUCUUUACAAAAGAAAAAGGAAUGUAACGCUUUAAAAUCCGUAAUUAAAAUUAAAGUCUUAUUUUUUUAUUUUUAUUUUUAUUUGUUUUCC